CGACAAUAGAUAAUACCACCGACACUGGUGAUAGUGGGAAACAAAUCCAUCUGACGUCAAUAGACAAUCAUCGUCCCUCGCUCGGACGUGUGGUAGGUCUGGAACUGACCGAUGAAAUCUAUUUGAAUCACGUACCGAUUACUGCCCAUUCCAUAAUCUACGCACGCGUCCCAGAUUACACUAAUCAGAUCAAAGCUGGGACGGCGGGAGGGAGGGAGACUGCAGACCGAUCUAUAAAAUUAUCGACCAUCGUUACCGAUGAGCCAUUCAUUCGCCUGCUGUCUGCUGUAAGAGUAGCAAACAAAUUCGUUCGCCCGGAUAUUCGCAUAACCGAGUGGUUUUAACCAAACCAUGCCUGGGGAGCUAAUGGAGUACACGCUGGCGGAGGUGGCACUGCGCAAUGGGAAGGCUGGCAGCCCGACCUGGAUCGUGAUACGGGACGCCGUGUACGAUGUGACGCAGUACAUGGAGGACCAUCCGGGCGGCAGCGAGCUCAUCAGCGAGUGGGCCGGCAGGGACGGGACGAAAGAUUUCGACGACUUUGGCCACUCGGCGGAUGCGAUGCGGCUGCUGAAGACGCUGCAGGUUGGCGUGCUCGUUGCGAGCGAUCAGGCAAAGAAUCGCAAAAAGAAUGCCACAGAUGGCCCGAAGGAGCUGGUGGAGGAGCUAUCAUCGGAAGAGCUAAUGAAGAAGCGACGCAGCAAGCGGCGAAUGUUUAUCCUGUGCGGUUGAGGCGUUAAGUGGAGCGGGUGUUGAAAAAUCUUCCAUAUUAAUACCAAUAUGUGAUAUCUAGUUUGUAAGAACAUUAAUUUGAAAAUUGUGUAUUAUUUCUUAUUCAAAUUA